GACCCGGGGUGAAAGAUCAAAAGUCGCAGGGAAUAUGGCGCCCAAUAUGUCUAACGAAAGGAAGGUGCCGAUCGGCUGUGAGGCUUAAGCGGCUUAAGGAGAGCCGCCAAGCAUCGCUCAUCUCCGUGGAGUUGCGUACGUGGACACCUCUCCCGCCGGCCGGCUGCCCGACAGGAAACGUCCCUCCGACUUUCUCCAGGAAGGUUAAAACGCCGCUGCUUUCGGAAGUCGCCCGUGGCUUCCAGGAAUACCGCUCGCUUUUCUCAGUGCUUCUCAUUAACGGGCCGCCGUUUCCUCUCCGAACAAGCUUCCUUGUCUGUCGGAGACCCUCCGCCGCCGCUCCUUCUCCGGUGCAGCUGGAGCCCCGUUUCGCUGAACUCCUUUUUUGCCCCCACCAGGCUAAUUUGCUGCGAAUUGAAAUCUCCAAACUUGCUUUGAACCCCCAGGAAAGUGUCUUGGAGACCCUAAGAGAUACGCCUUUUGAGAAGACUAGGCAGCUGGACAUUCCCUUUACUUAAGUCAGGUGCUCCCUUGGUAAUCAAAUCCAAAUGGUUGCUAAGGUUCAAAAGAUGAUAAUAGAAAGUCUCCACUCAAUAAGUCUGGAAAUACUGUAAGAUUACCUGCAAGUGAUUCCGACCGGAUCUGUAUCUGGAACAUAAAUUCAGUUAUGAGGAUUAUUUUGGUGUCUUUUUCUCUAAAAGUGAACAUUGAUACGUAACAAUUCAGCCUAGAAAUAGUUGGUGAUAGAUACAACUUGCUAUUAUAAAGAGGAAUCUGAGAAGCCUCUGCACUGCAUAACUAAAUGGCUGUAGAAAACGUUUUAAUUUGGAUGCUAAAAGUUACUACUUAUAAGAUGAAUCUUUUUAAGCCAACAAUAUAAAUCUGCCAUUCUGUAACUACAAGAGAAAGUUUUUUAAAGAAGAAAUUCUUUCUUGCUUUGUAACAUAUAAUUACAUCACAUUAGAAUCUUGAAUAUGAGGUGUAAAUAUCCAAGUCUUAGGAAUCAGUGUUACUAAGUUUCUGAUUUAAAAAAAAGUUUAAAUAACUCCUUAAGUUGAUCAUACACAUUUUUUAAAUUUAUUUUUCUAUUUUUAAAUGGGUGGAUGGUGCCUCUGGAUGUUUCUUCGGGUUGUUUUGAGAUUUACUGCCAAAAAUGCUUUCUUACAAAAAACUUUUCAAAAAAAGGAAGAAUUGAAAGUACUUUUGUAAAGACUGCUAAAGAGGAUGAUGAUAUGUGUUUGAUUUUCACCAAAAUUUAGUGCUUCUCUUCAUCAUGAACAGAAAGAAAGGAGACAAAGGGUUUGAGAGCCCAAGACCUUAUAAAUUAACCCAUCAGGUGAUUUGCAUCAACAGCAUAAAUUUUCAGAGAAAAUCUGUUGUUGGCUAUGUGGAGCUGACAAUAUUUCCAACAGUUGCAAACCUGAAUAGAAUUAAACUGAGCAGUAAGCAAUGCAGGAUAUAUAGAGUUAGAGUCAAUGAUUUGGAAGCAGCUUUUAUAUAUAAUGAUCCAACAUUGGAAGUUUGUCACAGUGAGUCAAAACAGCGAAAUCUCAACUAUUUUUCCAAUGCCUAUGCUGCUGCAGUCAGUGCUGUGGAUCCAGACGCUGGAAAUGGAGAGUUGUGUAUUAAAGUGCCAUCAGAGCUUUGGAAGCAUGCUGAUGAAUUAAAAGUGUUAAAGAUACACAUCAACUUCUCUUUGGAUCAGCCAAAAGGAGGACUGCAUUUUGUGGUACCUAAUGUGGAAGGCAGCUUGGCAGAAAGAGGCGCCCACGUUUUCUCUUGUGGAUAUCAAAACUCUACAAGGUUCUGGUUUCCUUGUGUUGAUUCGUAUUCAGAACUCUGCACAUGGAAACUAGAAUAUACUGUUGAUGCCACAAUGGUGGCAAUCUCAAAUGGUGAUUUAGUGGAAACUGUGUAUACUCAUGAUAUGAGAAAGAAGACUUUCCAUUAUAUGCUGCCAAUCCCCACUGCUGCAUCUAACAUCUCUUUGGCUAUUGGACCAUUUGAAAUUCUUGUCGAUCCAUAUAUGCACGAGGUCACCCAUUUUUGUUUACCCCAACUUCUUCCCCUGCUCAAACAUACUACGUCAUACCUCCAUGAAGUAUUUGAAUUCUAUGAAGAGAUACUUACUUGUCGUUACCCUUACUCCUGCUUCAAAACAGUUUUUGUAGAUGAGGCCUAUGUCGAAGUAGCUGCUUACGCGUCUAUGAGCCUCUUUAGCACGAACCUUUUGCACAGUGCCAUGAUAAUAGAUGAGACUCCUCUAACCAGGAGGUUCUUGGCUGAAGCUCUAGCCCAGCAGUUCUUCGGCUGCUUUAUAUCUAGAAUGUCUUGGUCAGAUGAGUGGGUAUUAAAGGGAAUCUCUGGCUAUAUUUAUGGACUUUGGAUGAAGAAAACCUUUGGUGUUAAUGAAUAUCGUCACUGGAUUAAGGAGGAACUAGACAAAAUAGUGGCGUACGAAUUAAAGACCGGUGGUGUCUUACUGCAUCCGAUCUUUGGUGGAGGGAAAGAGAAGGACAACCCUGCAUCCCAUUUACACUUUUCUAUAAAACAUCCUCACACGAUAUCCUGGGAAUACUAUACCAUGUUUCAAUGCAAGGCCCACCUAGUUAUGAGACUGAUAGAAAACAGAAUAAGCAUGGAGUUUAUGUUACAAGUUUUCAACAAAUUGUUGAGUCUAGCUAGCACUGCUUCUUCUCAGAAGUUCCAAUCUCAUAUGUGGAGUCAGAUGCUGGUGUCUACAUCUGGGUUUUUGAAAUCCAUUUCCAAUGUGUCCGGCAAAGACAUUCAACCUUUAAUUAAGCAAUGGGUAGAUCAAAACAGUGUGGUCAAAUUUUAUGGCAGUUUUGCGUUUAAUCGAAAACGAAAUGUACUCGAAUUGGAAAUAAAGCAAGACUAUACCUCCCCUGGGACGCAGAAAUAUGUGGGCCCUCUUAAAGUGACAGUCCAGGAGCUUGACGGAUCUUUCAACCACACACUUCAAAUAGAAGAAAACAGCCUCAAGCAUGAUAUACCCUGUCAUUCAAAGAGCAGACGCAAUAAGAAGAAAAAAAUCCCAUUGAUGAAUGGAGAGGAAGUGGACAUGGAUCUUUCUGCCAUGGACCAUCGCCUGAUGAGAAGCCGGAACCGAAAUAAAAUACGCUCUCCAUUAAGCAUGGACCUAAGUGAUCCUACAAGCUGGAAAAACACACUUCCAAAAGUUACUGCUCGAGAGGAAGCUGAUCUAGAAAAUCUUCAGAACCUUUAA